AUGUUUGAACUUCCAGAGGCAAAAAGAGUUCGACGCGAGGAUUUAGGCGACUCUGACCAGUCGGACGUGGACGAAGAUAAUGCGGCUGGGAAUGAUGCGGCGAUGCAAAGCCGAGUGAAUGCGCAAAUCGCUGCGGCACUGGGCCUCGACGAUGACGACGAGCCACCGGUUUCCGCGGAGCCGAUUGAACACAACACCGACAACUCUACGCAAAGGACAAAUGCUGCCCAAGUCGAUGGAGAUGCUGAUCCUGAUAAGGAACAAGGCUACGAAUUCAACCUCUUCAGCACAGCCGGCCCUGGCGGCUCAACCAAGACGGCCAAGGUGAUACUGGAGGACCCAGCUGCACCUCUAGGCGACGGCGCAUUUGUACGGCCACGGCCUCUGUCGUUCUUCACAACCAAGACGGUGUCGGCAAAAGAAAAGGAGCAGUACAGCUACGCGGCCGUCACGGGCGCCGAGAUUGUACGCUGGUCCACGCAACCGUCGUGGGGCAUGGCGAUGCCCUGGAAGGUCAUUUCGAUUAAAGCGACGCGCACGAAAAAGGUCGGCGACGACUCCACCGAGGUAUUGAUGGAGAAUGCGGACCAAGUUGACAAGAGGAAGAGGCCCGGCAAGAAGCAGCGGGUCUUGCAGCGGCAACGCAAGCGUUCAAGGGCGCAGGUCAUGGAAGAGGCCACCAAGAAGCAGGUCGAGAAGGAGGAGCAUCUGAAAGAUAAGAAGAAGAGGCUAAAUAGGAUAAAGAAGCUGAGGAAGCGCGCCAAGGAUAAGGAGAAGAAGCUGGCGGCUGGUGGUGAGACGGCUGGGGCGGAUACUACCAGUGAAUCUGAAGGCGACGACUAG